AUGGUCCUUUCAUCCUCGCUUCGCACGCUUCUUUUCUCGGGUCUGGCGCUCCAGUCCAUCGUCGCCGCGCCCUCGGUCAGCCAAGUGCAUCUCGGCAUCUCGGGCGCCUGCAUCGGCGGCAUUUCGCUCUCGUUUGCGAGCUCCGAGUCCAAGCCCCUUACCGUCAAGGUAGGCGACCAGACGGUCAAGACCGUCGCGAGCACGUAUAGCGUCGGGAGCUACACGUCACCGUAUUUGCACACGGCAAGUUUUUGCAACCUCGCGUCUGGCAAGGCGUACACGUACUCGGUCGGGUCGUUCCAAGCGACGUUUACCGCGCCACUCAAGAGUGGCGAGGACAAGACGGCGACGGUUCUCGGCAUUCUCGGGGACAUGGACUACGCGGACGGGAGCACGCGCAGCUUCCUCACGCCGUACAAUGGCCACGUGACGCAAGCGAUCUUGGUGGCGGGCGACUGGUCGUACGCCAACGGGAAGCACCCCAAGUGGGACAAGUGGUUCGACUUGCAAUCCAAGAUUUUCUCGCAGCUGCCCGUCACGGGCAUCAACGGCAACCACGAAACGACCCAGAGCGGCGAAGCGUACACGGCGUACCUCCGUCGCAUGCCAGGACCUAUCUCGGGUGACGCGAUGGCCGCUCUGCGCACUUAUUACUCGCUCGACAUUGGUCUCGUCCAUGCGAUUUUCCUCGACGAUUAUGUCGGGUCGACGCACAAGACGGGCGGGACCAACUGGCGUCGCGAGCGCGACCUGCAGCUCGAGUGGCUCCAAAACGACUUGGGCCGUGUCGACCGGACCAAGACGCCUUAUGUCAUUGUCGUCAAGCACAACCCGUUCUACAACUCGUACGACGACCACCAGUGCAUGUGUGGCUCGACACGGUUCGAGAUUGACGAUGUGGCGGCUUGCUGGGGCGGCAACUACAAGAGCGCCAAGUCGGAGCCCCACUGCGGCCUCCAAGCCAAGCUGGAAGACGUGUACGCCCAAUACAAGGUCAACGUCGUCUUCGCGGGCCAUGUCCAUGGCUACGAGCGCACCAAGCCCGUUUUGAAAAACCAGGUCGACACGCAAAACGGCAUUGUGUACGUGACGACGGGCGCGGGCGGGCGCGGCCAUGCCGGCAGCCGCAUCGAUUCGAUCCCCAACUGGUCGGCGUUUGCCGAGGGCGACGUCUACGGCGCGUCGCGCCUCAUUGCGACGCGCGAGAAGAUGCAAGUGCUGUGGUUCAGUGACGACGACACGACGACGCCGCUUGAUUCGUUUGAGGUUUCGCCGUAA